AUGUGGUCGACGACCGCUUUGGUGCUGCUUCUAGUGGCAAGUGUUUUCGCCGGUAUUCCAUUACCGAACGGGCAGCGGCUAGCGACCGUUCGGCAAGAUACGGCCGAAACAGGAUACCGUCUACCGAACACAACGCUACCGCUGAAGUACGACGUUGAGCUACUUACGCACGUUCACGAUUACCAGAAUGCACACCAGUUUGAUUUCUAUGGAAAUGUUACGAUUCAACUGCAAGUGCAGGAGGACAAUGUGCAGAACAUCGUUCUGCAUUAUCGUCAACUUACGAUUUCGCACGUUAAAUUGACCGAAAUCAGUGAAACAGUGAAUCCACCGAUAAUCGAUGACGAUACCAGUUUUACCACCGAUGUCACUUUUGAGUUUCUGACCAUUCAAUCGCCGGUUGUUCUGAAAAAAUUGAGAACUUACUUGCUGGAGAUUCAAUACAGUGGAGUGCUACGGAACGAUAAUGGUGGCUUUUAUCGGUCCUCUUACAUCGAUGCUAACGGUGUCACAAAGUGGAUUGCCACUACGCAGUUUGAAUCCACGGAUGCAAGACACGCCUUCCCGUGUUACGAUGAACCGGCCAUUCGGGCACCGAUUGGAUUGAAGCUAACCCAUGGAAGCACCUAUCAUGCAGUCUCGAAUAUGCCCAUCAAGUCCGUCAGCGGUGAUUCGGUUUACACGACGACGGAAUUCGAAGAUACACCCGCCAUGCAAACCUAUCUGCUGGCUUUUGUGGUUUCCGAUUUCGCUAAUAUCAGCGAUGCGACUAACAAGCAGUCGGUAUUUGCCAUUCCAGCUGCCAUCGCCAAUGGGGACUUGAAUUUCGCACUCCAGGCUGGAGUUCGGGUGAUCGAAAGUUUGGAAAGUUACCUUGGCGUGAAGUACAGUUUACCGAAGCUUGAUCAAAUCGCAAUACCGGACUUCGCCGCUGGUGCAAUGGAAAAUUGGGGUUUGGUAACCUACCGGGAGGAGGUUCUCAUGUACAGCCCGACUAAAUCACCGAUGAGUCAAAUGAAGCGUUCGGCUGCGAUUAUUGCGCACGAGUAUGCGCAUCAAUUUUUCGGAAAUCUCGUGUCGCCAGCCUGGUGGAGUUAUCUGUGGUUGAACGAAGGAUUUGCCACCCUGUUCGAGUACAUUGCGUCGCAUCAAGCGUAUCCGGAGCUGCGUAUUAUGGAAAUGUUCACCACCGGGGCCUUGCAGCGGGCCUUCCAAACGGAUGCCCUCGAAUCGACCCGUGCGAUGAAUUGGUACGUGGAAUCGCCGGCUGCUAUUGCGGAGUUGUUCGACGAUAUAGCCUACCAGAAAGCUGGAUCGGUUCUGCGCAUGUUGCAGCACGCUUUUGGUGAUUUAAACUUCCGCGCCGGGCUGAAAAACUAUCUGGAAGCAAAACAAUUCCAGGCCGCCACACCGGCUGACCUUGCUGCCGGGUUGCAGCAGGCAGUCACCGCCGGUAGUUGGCUAAAUAUCAAAGUGGAGGACAUCCUAAGCUCAUGGGCCGACCAGGAAGGUUACCCAGUGCUGCACGUUAGUCGUAACACUACUAGCGGUGUGAUCGAAAUUCGCCAGGAACGGUAUCUGCUGAAGGAAUCGGAAACUGCUUCGAACGCAACGUGGUACAUUCCAUUCAAUUAUGCCUCGAGACAAUCAACCGUUUUCCUAAAUACGGAUCCCAGGGGAUGGCUAACUGAAGUCAGUGCUGAAAUACAUCCGUCGGCAAGUGUUAAUUGGAACAAUGACGAAUGGGUUAUCUUCAACAAUCAGCAAACCGGCUAUUAUCGUGUCAAUUAUGACGAAAAUUUGUGGCAACUUAUUACGAAAGAGCUACGCGAAGGCGAAUUCAAGAUCAUUCAUCCCCAGAACCGAGCGCAAUUGAUUGAUGACUCGUUGAAUCUGGCACGUUCGGGUCACAUCAAGUACGGCAUCGCAUUGGAGCUGGUUCGAUACCUUAUCAAUGAAAACGAGUACAUUCCCUGGGCAUCGGCUAGCAACGGCCUAACCUAUCUGAACAGAAUGCUUUCUGGUUCGUCAAAUUAUGCCCAGUUUAAAAAGUACGUCUGGGAAUUAAUUGAACCUUCGUUCAAAUCGUAUGGAAUAACCGGUAAGGCUGAUGAGUCUCACUUUGAUAAACUGAUGCGUAGCACCCUUGUAAACUGGGCCUGUACGGUGGAUUCGGAAGACUGCUUAUCGCAGACCAAGGAUCUGCUAGCCGAAGUGGUCCGCAACAGAACGAUCGAUAUUGAUCCGAACAUCAAAUCGCUGGUCUACUGUCAUGGACUUCGCGAUGCGGUUCAAGACACCUACCUAUUUGUUUUGGCCCGCAUGCAAGAUUCGCAGGACUCCGCGGAGCGAAUGCAGCUGUUGAGUUCCUUGGGUUGUUCGCAGAAUGCUGAUCUGUUGCGUAUGUUCUUGGAUACAUCGUUGGACGAAACGGGUGACACCGGCUACCGAGGUCAGGAACGACCUCGUGUGCUGAGUUCCGUUUUCAACGGCGGUAAGCUUGGGCUUGGAAUCGCUAUGGAAUUCCUAGGCGAGAAUGCGGCGGCUAUCGAGCGACUGUACAGUCGGUUCGGUGGUCGAGCAGUCGGAUCGGCCAUUAUCGAAAUGGCAGGGUUGAUUGUGACAAAGGAACAGAACGAACAGUUUGAGUCGUUGGUGGUGAAGCUGCAAAGUGGAAAUUACCUGAAUGAAGAUGAAGUGAAAACUGCUAGAGAGAUAUCUGGAGAAAAUCUGUUCUGGACUAACAAAUACCUUGCUGGAAUUGAACGCUGGCUGGAGGAUAAUGUUGGUUCUAGUUCAAUGGUUCCAAGAGUCGAUUAUCGAUUGUUUACUGCUUUGUGUGCGGUGGUUGCGGUGAACUUUUAUCUGAAAAAAUAA